CAGGACUAAACCAGGUCUACAGGAUGGUGAAGUGUCUUGGACCCUCUUUGGUCUUUCUGCUGUUGAUCUCGUCUUCAGUGUGUCUGGCAGCCAGGGGGCGCUAUGCUCAGCAGCUUUUCAGAGACCUGUUUGUGAACUACACGAGUGCUCUGCGUCCUGUCGACAACACGGAACACGCCAUCAACGUCACGCUGCAAGUCACGCUGUCACAGAUCAUCGAUAUGGAUGAGAGGAACCAGAUUCUGACCCUGUACCUGUGGGUGCGGCAGGUUUGGAUGGACUCAUUUCUGACCUGGUCCAAAGACGCUUACGACGGACUCGACUCCAUCAGUAUCCCGAGCCGUUACGUGUGGAAGCCUGACAUCGUGCUGUACAACAGCGCUGAUGAUGAGUUCUCAAGCUCCAUGGAGACAAAUGUGGCGUUGCGUAGUGACGGUCAGGUGACAUGGGACCAGCCAAGCAUUACGAAGUCUUCUUGCUCGGUAGACGUGGCGUUCUUCCCCUUCGACCUGCAGCAGUGUGUCUUGACCUUCGGCUCCUGGACUCACAAUGGAAACCAAAUGGACCUGAACAUCGAGCUGGACACCGCCGACCUGGCUGACCUCGUGCCCAACGUAGAAUGGCAGGUUCUGGGCAUGCCUGCUAAGAAGAACGUGAUCCUGUACGGCUGCUGCUCGGACCCGUACCCGGACAUCACGUUCACGCUGCAGCUCAAACGUCGAGCCUCCUUCUACAUCUUUAACCUUCUGCUCCCCUGCAUGAUGAUCUCCUUCUUGGCUCCUUUGGGCUUUUACCUGCCGGCUGAGAGUGGGGAGAAGGUGUCCUUAGGCGUCACGGUCCUCCUGGCACUCACCGUGUUUCAGCUGCUGGUGGCAGAGAGCAUGCCCCCAUCUGAAAGCGUUCCUCUGAUUGGUAAAUACUACAUAGCAACGAUGACAAUGGUGACAGCAUCAACGGCUUUGACCAUCUUCAUCAUGAACCUUCAUCACUGUGGACCUGAGGCCAGACCGGUCCCAGACUGGGUCCGAGUCCUGGUCCUCAAGUACCUGAACCGGGUCUGCCUGGUCUACGAGCUGGGAGAGACCUGCACCAGAGAGACCCAGGAGAGCCAGGCAGCAGAGUUCGCUCACAGCUGGGACGUUAAUGGCGACGAUCACUCAGGUUUAAAAUGUGAGGAACUUUCAGUAACAAUCGACAAUUCAGAAAACGCCAAACCGAUCUGCGCCCGCAGAGUACAGAACCUCAGUCAAACCAGGGACGCCAUUUUGAGACCACCAGAAAUAAGGAACAAUGCGAUCUGCGACAGGGAAGACAUGCAGGGACAAAAUGGUGGACCAAAAGAAGAAUUUGAGCUUCAAAAAACAGGAUUUAAAGAGACAAGUGACACAAAUUGUGCAGUGACAGAUGAGGAAGAGGCGAGAGAGUGGGGGACACAAAAUGGAGGACAGACCGUGGUCAAAAUGGUAGCCACAAAGUUUCAGGAAGAGAGAGAAGAUGUGAGCAGAGGAGAUGAGCAGGUUAAAGUUGAGGCAACUAUGGAACGAAAUGGAGAAAGUGGCGAUGCAGUGAAGUUAAUCAGAGUGAGACCUGGGUCAGACGAUGGGCAUGGGAUACUGCAUGUUGAAAUUGAGAAAGACAAAUCAGUUCCAAAAACAAAAGUGUUCAGAAAGUCGUCUUCGGAGUGCGUUGCUGGAGGAGUUAGGAGUAAAUACAAAGAUUUUAAUUAUUCUGAUGAUUCCAGGGAUGAAAUUCAAAUGGAAAAACUUAGGAAACAAUUGGAAUUUGUUGGAAAAAGUGACAAACUUCAAGAUGUCGCUGUGGGUUGUGUUUGCUGUCACUGUUGCUGCCGCCACCUUGGUUUGGGUUUCCAUGGAGACAGCUGUGGAUGCCGUCUCCGUGGUGACGCAGCAUGGGGGCGUCUCCGUGGCGAUGUGACCUCCAUCGCCACAUCGUUCCAAGAGCAGAGAGAUGCGCAGACGCUCAUUGGAGACUGGAGGAAAGUGGCCAAAGUCCUGGACAGGGCACUAAUGUGGAUCUUCUUCAUCAUGGUCUUUGUCAUGAGUGUACUUAUACUUGGAAAGAGUAUAUGA